AUGUCAUUUUUCUUGUUUACCUACUUACGGAUGACAGAUUCAGAGAAUGCUAAAAAUUCUUCGAAUGCAAUUAAUAGUUUGAAUUCAAAUAAUACAAACUCUACAGCUAAUAACUAUUGUUCAGCAAUAAAUCAGUUACAAGCUUUAUCUAUAAAAAAUAAUUCAUCAACAGUUGAGAAUGCAACAAUCCAUAACUCCCGAGAAGAGAUUAACUCAUUAUUUGUAAUAGGAAAGUGUUUGUGUUGUAAUAGUGAAUUAAAAUAUCCGUAUACUGUUUCUCGCUUCCGAUGCCCAGUAUGUGAUACGAUAAAUGACCUUAAACCUUAUCUUCGUAAGCAAUCCUCCACUCAACCACUUACACUUAAACAAUUAAAAAAAUCAAUUUAUGAAUGCAAACUAAAAGAAAGAGCCAAAAGAUCUAAAAAUAUACCCAUUGAUGAGAAAGAAAAAGAGAGGAUCUAUGAACCAAUUGAAAAGAUAGUAGAGUCAGUAUUCAGUAGUUGGGCUUCCUUAAAUAAUAGCUUUCUUAAUGGACAAGAAACAAGCUUAGAACAUAGUGGUAUUGAUAUGAAUGAUACAAUAGAUGCUUAUAGAAUUAUAUUAAGAUUACCUACUAAUGUGAUUCGAGCCAUGAUGUCUGCAAUUGAUAAGCUAUUAAAAAGACCAACUGUUCCAUUAAAGAAGGUGUCCGAUAUUCGAUUUCUGAUAAUUAUAUUAGAGAAUCCUUUAUUAGCGCAGCAUAAUUUUCCUGCAGAAACAAAAUAUCAUCAUAAUUUAUUAAAACGAGUUUUUGGAAUUUUAAGUUGUCUCAAUAAUGAUUGUCAUUAUGGAUUAGUUCAUUGGUUUUCAAGUUAUUCUGUAAAAAAUUUUCAAGCCAAAAUUAAUCUCAUUCAUGCAUUCUUAAGCCAUCGUAUAUCGAGGGCAAGACGCAGUAAGCUAGGAUUACCUAUAGCCUAUGAAUCAGAUUGGAAGACAGUUAGUGCAGCACGAGUGAUGGCGUUAUUAUUUACUAGUAAUCAUCGAUCAAACAAAGUUCAUAUAUCCGAAUUUUAUAAUACUAUGGCAGAUUGUAUCAAUUUAAUGGGUGACUUUGAAUUAUGGCAAGCACAGUCUGGAAAGUUUGCCUUUUGUCAAUAUCCCUUUUUACUCAGCAUGGGAUCAAAAAUGAAAAUUGUGGAGUCUGAUGCUAAACAACAAAUGGAAACUAAAUGGAGAGAAGCAUUUUUUAAUAUGAUAUUUCAUCAAAAAGUAUCCAAUCCCUAUCUUGUUCUUCGCGUAUCAAGAGAUAACUUAAUCGAUGAUUCAUUACGACAAUUGGCACAAAAUGAAUUAGAUCUGAAGAAAUCGUUACGUAUCGAAUUUAUAGGCGAGGACGGUGUCGAUGCUGGUGGUUUAAGAAAAGAAUGGUUUUUAUUGUUAGUAAGAUCUUUAUUUGAUCCUCAGUAUGGUAUGUUUACAUACGAUGAGGAUUCUAACUUGUGCUGGUUUAAUCCAUCGAGCUUUGAAACUGAAGACCAAUUCUUUCUUGUGGGAGUUGUUCUUGGUCUUGCCAUUUACAAUUCUACAAUCCUUGAUAUUCAUUUACCCUUAGCAUGUUAUAAAAAAUUAUUGAAUUUACCAGUUAAUCUGUCUGAUCUUAAAGCAUUUCGACCUACUUUAGCAAAAGGUCUUCAGCAAUUAUUAGAUUUUGAAGGUCAUGUUGAAGAGGUGUUCUGUAGAUCAUUUAUAGUAGAAAUUGAAGCAUUUGGUGAACGUCAAUGUGUGCCACUUAUUCAUGGUGGAGAUCAAGUAAUGGUUACACAAAAGAAUAAACAAGAAUUCGUUUCGCUUUAUGUUGACUUUUUGCUUAAUAAAAGUAUUAAGCGUCAGUUUGGAGCAUUUAAGCGAGGCUUUUAUCUUGUGUGUGGUGGUAAUGCAUUAUCUUUAUUUCGUCCCGAAGAAAUUGAAUUACUUAUACGAGGUAGUGAUGAGCCUUUAGCAAUUGACGAACUCAAAGGGCAGACCGAUUACAUAGGAUUUCAUGAGAAUGAAGAAACUAUUGCGAAUUUUUGGAGUAUUGUAAAGGCUAUGAAACCAGAAACACAACGAAAGCUGCUUAUGUUUGUUACAGGAAGUGAUCGUAUACCUGCAACAGGAACAACACAAAUGCAUCUUCAAAUUGUAUGUGGAAAUAAUGGUGAUAGUGACAGAUUACCUUCAGCUCAUACUUGUUUCAAUCAAUUAAUAUUAUACAAGUAUCAUACCAAAGAAAAAUUAGAGAAAAUGCUAUUAACUGCUAUUGAAGAAAGUCAAGGAUUUUAUGUGAAAUAAUAACCAUUCAUUUUUAUUAAAGUAACUUAAUACAUAUACACAAUUAUUUUAUGUAUAAGCAAACAUAAAGGGAAG